AUGUCUAUGGCCUUGAACAAUCGCCCCCAAGGAACAUUGCCCGCAGAUACAAAUAUUAACCUAAAGGAACAGAACCCAAAUCAGCUAAUGGCGGUGAGUCUCAGGAAUGGAAGAGAUUUAGAUAGAGAGCAAGAAGUUGCUCAAUUUACGAGAGAGACUACGCCAACUACGCCAGUUACAUUAGAGGCAGAUGAGUCAACAGAGCUCACCGAGGUUAUAAUUGAACAAGCACAAGUUGAUAAGGGUAAGGAGAAAGAUGGUGAACAAGUCUCAGAACAGGUGGCACCUCUUGUGCCAAAAGCUUCCAACAAAGAAAAGACAUCAAGUAGUGGACAGAGGUUGACUCCUGCACCAUUCCCUCAGAGAUUGGCAAAACAAAAGAAAGAUGACCAAUGCAGGAAAUUCAUGGAAAUGCUUCGACAGAUUCAAUUGAAUAUUCCACUGAUGGAUGCUUUGAGAGAAAUGCCAGGGUAUGCAAAAAUGAUGAAGGACCUGAUGUUGUGGAAAUUUGACUUCCAGGACCUGUCCACUGUAACUCUGACACAGACCUGCAGCGCGGUAGUGACAAGACUUGUGGCCCAAAAGGUGUCUGAUCCAGGCAUAGGCAGAGCUAGACCGACCUCAAUGUUGCUGCAACUGGCCGAUCGUACAGUCAAAAGACCGACAGGAAUUCUUAAUGAUGUGCUUGUGCAAGUGGGGAAAUUUGUAUUUCCUGCAGACUUUGUUAUUCUUGAAUGUCGGGUGGAUGAAGAGAUACCCAUCAUUCUGGGAAGGCCAUUCUUAACCACUGGGAGAACAUUAAUUGAUUGUGAGACUAGAGAGUUGAAAAUGAGGUUGAAAAAUGAAGAAAUAAUAUUCAACGUUCAACAAUCCAUGAGGAGACCCAAUGAAUUUGCAAACUGCUCACUAGUGGAGGCCAUGGAUGCGAUACUGCAAGAAGAGGAUGAGACCCUUAAUGUCAAGGAUCCACUAGAAGCCUGCUUGAUGAAUUUGGAAGAGAUGGAUGGUGAAGGGUUGGAAGAGUGGGCCAUGGCUCUCGAAGGUCAAGGAUUCUGGAAAAGGGAACCUCAGUUCGAGCCCCUACGCUUAGAAGAGAGAGCAACACCACCUGCAAAACCAUCAAUAGAGGAGCCACCACAGCUAGACUUGAAACCGCUUCCAGCCCACCUCAGGUACGCUUUCUUGGGGGCUAAUUCUACUUUGCCUAUUAUUAUAUCAUCUGGUUUGCUAGUUGUACAGGUAGAGCAACUGUUGUAG